AUGGCUACCCAGCAAUCUUUGUUAGACAAUAAGCCUAGAAAAUCCCUUUCCAAAAACAUUUGGUUAAUCACCUCUGUCUUUGUUGUCAUAAGCUCAUCAGCCCUUAUUGCUUCUUACUUCAUCAAUCCCACCUCUUUCUUCAACCCCUCUUCACCUCACCAUGUCUGUGAUCAUGCACUUGAUACUUCAUCUUGCUUAGCGCAUGUCUCUGAAGUAGCUCAAGGUUCUUUCUUGAGUACCCCAACAAAAGACCACAAAUACAAUUUGCUUCACUCCUUCCUAAUGAAGUCCAAUUCACACAUUCAGAAUGCUAUGGACACAGCUAAAGCUAUCAAACAAAGGAUCAACAAUCAGAGAGAGGAAGCAGGUUUGGGGGACUGCGAGGAGCUGAUGGAGUUGUCGGUGGAACGAGUUUGGGACUCAAUAGUGGCUCUAACAAAAGACAGCACUGUUUCUCAGCAAGAUGCACACACGUGGCUAAGCAGUGUCCUCACUAACCAUGCAACUUGCUUGGAUGGGUUAGAGGGCCCAGCUAAGGCCCUUAUGGAGGCUGAACUUCAGGAGUUGAUGUCAAGAGCAAGAACUUCUCUGGCGAUUCUUGUUGCUGUUUUGCCAAAGGGCCAACAACUAAUUGAAGAGUCACUAAAUGGGGACUUUCCUUCAUGGGUUACCAGAAAAGAUAGGAGGCUUUUGGAGUCUACGGUUGGGGAUAUUCAGGCUAAUGUUGUGGUUGCUACGGAUGGGAGUGGCAAGUUCAAGACUGUGGCAGAGGCCGUGGCUUCCGCACCCGACAACGGUAAGACGAGGUAUGUUAUUUACGUGAAAAAGGGAACGUACAAAGAGAACGUUCAAAUUGGUCCGAAGAAGACGAACGUGAUGCUCGUGGGUGAUGGUAUGGAUGCAACUGUAAUCACCGGCAGCUUGAAUUUUGACGAUGGAACAAGCACCUUCAACUCUGCCACCGUUGCUGCCGUGGGCGAUGGAUUCAUAGCCCAAGACAUUUGGAUCCAGAACACAGCGGGCCCACAGAAGCACCAAGCAGUGGCUCUUCGUGUGGGUGCUGACCAGUCCGUCAUAAACCGUUGCCGCGUCGACGCUUAUCAAGACACUCUCUAUGCCCAUUCCAACAGGCAAUUCUACCGUGAUUCCUUCAUAACUGGCACCGUUGACUUCAUAUUUGGAAACGCAGCCGUUGUUUUCCAAAAGUGCAACCUGGUAGCCCGAAAGCCCAUGAGUAAUCAAAACAACAUGGUUACAGCCCAAGGACGAGAAGACCCAAACCAAAACACUGGAACUUCAAUUCAGCAAUGUAACCUAACACCAAGCUCGGAUCUUAAGCCUGUGGUGGGGUCCAUCAAAACCUUUCUGGGCCGCCCAUGGAAGAAGUUUUCAAGAACAGUUGUGAUGCAGUCGUCACUGGACAGCCAUAUUGACCCAACAGGAUGGGCCGAAUGGGAUGCCCAAAGUAAGGACUUCUUGCAAACGUUGUAUUAUGGAGAGUAUAUGAACAGCGGGCCAGGUGCUGGCACCGCCAAGAGAGUGAAGUGGCCUGGUUACCAUAUCAUCACAAGUGCAACGGAGGCCAGCAAGUUUACAGUAACACAGCUCAUCCAAGGUAACGUUUGGUUGAAGAACACUGGUGUGAACUUCAUCGAAGGCCUUUAA